GUAAUUUUUCGCAUGAUUCAUUAGUCAAUACCGUCAUUACCCAUGCGAACCGACUACUCUGAUAUUUCAAAUGGAAAUAUUAUUGUCGUCCUAUCGCGGGCAUUAAUGGGCAAUUGGGAGGACAAGCGGAUUUGUCCAAUGAAUUCUCAUUACAAUAACAAUAUCGUUUUAUCGUGCCUCCACAACUCUCGGUGAUGUUGAAUAUGAGUGAGAAGACUAUCCAGGAAAAUUGAAUCCCAGGAGAUCCUCUGUUAUCUCGAUUUUUCAACAUCAUCCGAUAAAAAACAGUAGAAAUAUCGUUGACUAUUAAUUAAUUCACAUAAAUUCGUGAAUUAACGAGCCAUUAUACUAAUUUCCCUCGAUAGUCUCUUAAUUCCUGACUCCGGAUGGAGAGAAUUUUAAUAUAAAUUCCAAGAUGGCAAGAUCCCGAAUGAAAACAAUUUUCUUCAAAGCUUCAUUGGAAAUAUCUCCAAUAAAAGGUAUUUCGCUAGUAUAACAACUCGUAUUUUCACUGAAAAUUUUGCACUUUCCACACAGAGACAAGUGUAUAUUCGCCGGAAGAAGUGAACGUCUCGGUGGAGUUGGAAAAUAUUACAGAGUCCUCAGCGACAUCAGUUCACUCCUCCACACCAAGAGAUAUCUUAUUUUUCCCCAGUACUGGAGAAUAUUCCCACCAAGAUAAAAUUCUCAUAAAUGUUUCUCAAAAGAUCCCGAGAUAGAGAUCAAGAAUAACUAAAAUAGAUUGAUCGCUUGCGAUAUCAAGUUUCGUGAGUAAGAAAACGAGAGACAGAUGGAGGUGAAAAGUUAAAGUGGAAGAUUGAAGUUGGAAUGAAAACUUUUCGUACUGUUAGGAUAAUGGGAGUAAAGAUGAGAAUAUUGGGAGUAUUUCUGCUGUGUCAAUGGCUUGUUGUGGGUUUACCACUGGAACCCCAGAUGAUGAUGCCAGACAGUGGAAUACGGGAGGGCACGUACAUCAGACACUAUACCCCAGUUAUUUACGAUAUCGAGAUGCUGAAGAGACACAGAACGAGAGCCAGACGAGAUAUUCGGGGAACUGGAGAGACUGUUUGCCUCAAUCUCACUGCCUUUGAUAGAACUUAUAGAAUGCGCCUCGUUCGGGAUACAACUCUCUAUCAUGAAAAUGCCAUCUUCGAGACAUCGAGUGGUCCAAUAUCAUUCGAUUCGUCUCACAUCUACAGGGGAACCCUCGAGGGUGAUGACAAUGCCAGGGUACAUGGCAUCAUCACCAAGGAUGGCUUGUUUGAUGGUACUGUUGUUACUGCUGCUGACGAAAUUUACAUUGAACCAGUGACAAGGUACAGGAGACUUGUCAGGCGAAAUGCAGAUGUCAGAUAUCAUACUAUUGCCUAUCGGGUUAAUGACAUCGUUAUGCCGGUGACAGGUCAAAUGCAACGUCAAUACGUUACUGGUGGUCUCAUUGAAAAUGUAUCCCUCAAUCAGACAUUAAAUUCCCCAAGGCAGACAUUCAACAACGCAUUCACCAAAGAAUUUUAUCCGAGGGAUGAUACGAUAAACCGAUCGAACAGCAUUUACGGAGGCGAUGUAGACAAGGAUCGAUUGAUACGAGUGUUACGGAACCGGAAAUCUGUCGACCCAAAAAAAACAACGUGCAUGUUGUAUCUGCAGGCAGAUCACACGUUCUUCGAUCACUAUAAAUCGGAGGAGGCUUGCAUCGAGGUCAUGACCCGUCACGUUCAACGAGUCAAUUCGAUUUACCGUUACACAGACUUCAAUCAGGACGAGCAUCCGGACAACAUAAGUUUCAUGAUAAAGAGAAUUAAAAUAUAUGGUAAUGACGCCCUCGAUAAUCCAUCGUACCGAUUUACCGGGAAGUACGGGGUGGAGGAGUAUCUUGAGCUGUUUUCCGAGGAAAAUUACGACGCUUUUUGCCUGGCGUACAUGUUCACUUAUCGUGAUUUUGAAAAGGGAACACUGGGUCUUGCAUGGACUGGAGACCUGAAGAAUGCGGGUGGAGUAUGUGAGAAAAAUGGGCACUACCGUGGUAGCAUGAAGUCCCUCAACACCGGAAUAAUAACUCUCCUAAACUACGGAAAGCACGUACCACCAGCGGUAUCACACGUCACCCUAGCCCACGAAAUUGGUCACAACUUCGGUUCACCGCACGAUCCAGACCGUUGUUCACCCGGAGGUGAGGACGGUAACUUCAUAAUGUUCGCACGAGCGACCAGCGGGGACAAGCGAAAUAACAAUCGAUUCAGCCCGUGCAGUCUACUCUCCAUCAAUCCUGUGUUGAAUACCAAGGCACGCUCCACCAAGGGCUGUUUCGCUGAACAACAAACAGCCAUUUGUGGAAAUGGAGUUGUCGAAGAUGGAGAGGAAUGUGAUUGUGGUUGGGAGGAGGAUUGCAAUGAUCCCUGCUGUCAUCCUCAACGACUUCAUCAUGCUCCCUUCGAGAUACCCUGUCGUCUCACGGAGAAUGCUGUCUGCAGUCCCAGUCAAGGUCCAUGCUGCUCACCAGAAUGUUCACUGCGUAAUGGAGAGAAAUGCAGGGAUAAUAAUGGAUGCAGAGACGCAAGUUUCUGCGAUGGACUCACUCCCCAGUGUCCACCAUCCAUUAAUAAACCCAAUAAAACUAUCUGCAAUGAGGAAUUCGUCUGCUUCAUGGGGGAGUGCACAGGAAGCAUUUGUCUUGCUUACGGCCUAGAAUCUUGCCAAUGCAGUGCGGGCCCGAUCGAUCCUCCAACCAAGAGUUGUGAAUUAUGUUGUAAACUACCCGGAGAGGACCAAGCAUGCAUAUCAUCCUUCGAGUGGAACAGCCCACCCUACGAGAUUCCAGACAUGAUGUCCAAACCAGGCACACCCUGUAACGACUACAACGGCUACUGCGAUAUUUAUCAGAGAUGCCGAGAGGUCGAUCCAACUGGACCCCUGGCAACUCUCAGGCGAUUAUUACUCUCCGAUAUGAGUAUGGAGAGGGUUCACAGAUGGAUAACCGACCGGUGGUACGCCAUUACCCUUGGGAUACUCGGUAUCAUCAGUAGUUUGAUUAUCCUAACGAUCUCAUUCAGCAAACGCUCGAAGGCUAACCUGAGGAUGUUAUACACAACUUCUGAGGACUCAUCAAUUCGACAUUUGCAUACAGAGCCUGAAAAUGAUCGGCCUAAGUGGAUAAUUGGCACAAUCAGUGCGAAAAACAUAUCGAGGAUCAAACGGAGAAUUCUCGAGACCAUGAAGAGAAUUGCAUCACCGAGAAAAACAAGUGAUCUCAUGCCACUACCACCUGAUCAUCUCUCGAGGUCCGUUAAAAUGUGACAAUGAUUUUAUCAUUGAGGAGAAAUAUUAUUUUUUAAUAUUAUUACAUCCCGAUCUCCCCCUACCCCCCCUUCCCUCCAUCACUCGCCCCCUUCCCUUCCUCAUUCGCCCCCUCCCGGGCGGAUUGCAUUACAGGUAAUGCAUUUUAUUGGCCAACAAUUUGGUGAUUUAUUAAUUAAGAAAAUCCGCCAAUCAUGCUGCCAAGUGAUAUUAAGGUGUAAGAAAUUGAGCUACAGCUCUUGUAAAUAUUGUAAAGAAUUUAUUUAAAUGUCCGAGAGCUACCAAAUUAUUUAGUUAUCGAGGAAUGGUAUAUGAUAAUCAUUAUGUAAUAU